UCGGUUGGGUGGGUGGAAGAAAUUUCCGGUUCCGGACGAGGAGGAGCAGGAGGAAGAAAGGAGGGGGAGGGGGAGAGUGUGCGGUGGGGUCUCCCUCUCUCCGCGGCGAGGCUCCCCGGCGGUGGCCAUGGAGUUCCCUGGAGGAAAUGAGAAUUACCUGGCUAUCACUGGAACAUCCCACCCCUUCUUGUCGGGGGCCGAGACCUUCCACACGCCAAGUCUGGGGGAUGAAGAGUUCGAGAUCCCCCCCAUCGCGCUGGACGCCGACCCCUCCCUGGCCGUUUCUGACGUGGUUGGCCACUUUGAGGACCUAGGCGACGCUGUGACCACCCCAGACGCCAGCUUCUCUGCCCAGUACGGGGUGCAGGCGCUUGACAUACCCGUGGGCAUUAGCCAUGGCCUCAUGGAGCAAGGGGGCGGGCUGUUGAGCGGCGGGCUGACCAUGGACUUGGACCACCCCAUGGGGACUCAGUACAGCGCCAACCCGCCCGUCACCAUCGACGUGCCUAUGGCGGACAUCGGCGCCGGCCUCAUGGGGCACAGCCAGCUGACCACCAUUGACCAGUCGGAGCUCAGCUCUCAGCUGGGCCUCAGCCUGGGGGGCGGCGCCAUCCUGCCCCCCGCAGCCCAGUCGCCCGAGGAGCGCCUCUCGCCCACCUCCUCGCCCACCAGUUCCAUGCACGAGGAAGAGACGGAAGAGAUCCGGCGGCAAGUUAACGUCGCGAAACCCACGGUGGCCGCACCGGCAGCGCCGACGCUGGUCACGGUGCCCGCGGUGCUGCUGGAUACGGAGAAGAAGCAGAAGCCGGCCAAGAAGCAGAAGAAGAAGAAGGACCCCAAUGAGCCCCAGAAGCCGGUCUCGGCCUACGCCCUGUUCUUCCGCGACACGCAGGCGGCCAUCAAGGGGCAGAACCGCAGCGCCACUUUUGGCGAGGUCUCCAAAAUUGUGGCGUCCAUGUGGGACAGCUUAGGGGAGGAGCAGAAGCAAGUGUACAAGAGGAAAACGGAGGCAGCCAAGAAGGAAUACCUGAAAGCGCUGGCAGCCUAUCGAGCCAACCAGGAGUGUCAGUCGGUCGUGGAAACGGUGGAACUGGACCCCAUCUCCUCGCCGCCCCAGCAGCCGGCGCCUGUGGUGGAAGCCGAACCCUCGCCGGCCCCGAUGCCGCCCACCCCGCCGGCCCUCGAGAGCCCCCCUCCGGCCGUCGUCCCGGCCCAGCCCACCGUGGUGGUGACCUCGGGGACGGGCCCCCAGUCGGCGGGCCAGACCAGCAUCACCAAGAUCAUCAUCCCCAAGCAGAUGCUGCCCUCCUCCCUGGCCGUCACCUCCCAAGGGGGCGUGGUGACCGUCAUCCCCGCCACGAUGGUGACCUCGCGGGGCAUCCAGCUGGGGCAGCUGCAGGCCGGGACAGGGACCACCCAGAUCGUCACCCGCUCCGUCCUGGCGGCGGCGGCCGCGGCGGCCUCCUCCAUGCACCUGCCGCGGCUCCAGCCCCCGCCUCUGCAGCAGAUGCCGCAGCAGCCCCCGGCCCAGCCGGUCACCAUUCUGCAGCAGCCCCCUCCCCUCCAGGCCAUGCAGCAGCCCCCCCUGCAGCAAAAGGUGCGCCUCAACCUCCAGCAGCCCCCGCCCCCGCUGCAGAUCAAGAUCCUGCCCCCGCCGGCCCUGCAGAUCCAGCCCAUUGCCUUGCGGACAGAGGAGAGCAGCCCCGAGAGACCCAGCACUGAGCUCCAGGCUUCUCCGGAGCCCGUCGAGAUGAUCACGGCGGACGUGGUGCCCGAGGUGGAGUCCCCCACACCGAUGCACGUGGAGCUGGUGCCUGAGUCGCCCGUGGCCGUGUCCCCGCAGCCUCGCUGCAUCCGGGCGGGCUGCGACAACCCCACCGUGGCCAGCAGUGAGUGGGACAACGAGUUCUGCAGCAACGAGUGCGUGGUGAAACACUGCAGGGACGAGUUCUUCGCUUGGCUGGCCUCCCGCAAUUCCAACAACAGCGUUGUCUUUGUGAAAUAACCCCCAGCCCUUUGGUGGCGGGGGAGAAAACGACAGUUCUCCAUCCACCCCCCGCCCUUACGCACACUUAUUUCUAUGGACAAAACCGAAGUCGCCAUGCAACUGUGGGGGGAGGUGGAGGUGGGGGGCAGGCCCGGAUUCUUCUUCAGCUGGAGCCCAUCGAUGAAAAAUGGACAUCAUCCCUGCUGGGUGGGAGGCCAUGGUUUAGGUGCUGCGGGCCUCCCUCCCCACCUCUGCCUCCUUAUUUUCUUUUAAACAUUAUCCCUUGAUAUGUUUCUCUUAAUGGAGCUGAUUAAAGCUGCAAGGGGGAUAUUGA